AUGCCAGGACGGCGGAAUGGUCGGAGAGGAGGGAGCGGUUUAGGCUUCAACCCACGACUUAUUUUUUCUCAAAUUUGUGCGCUACAGUGCUACCACUACCUUCUCCUGGGAUUGCUGCUGGAACUGAACAAAAUUUUUUAUGGCACCAGCAUCACGAUCGAACGAAUUUUCACAGACAACUAUGUAAAGGUUUUUGCCUGGAGGGGGUGGUCCGACAUUUCAGCAAUACUGCUUUCAUCAUUGAUGGGUUCAGUCCUUCUUGCUAUCAUCGUUGAAAAGUCGAAAAAAUGCCUAGACUUUAGCGUUACACUCUUUCUUAUACACGUCGUACUUUGCACGAUAUACGACGGAAUGCCUGCUACUUGGGAUUGGUGGGUGGUUCAUAUAUUGGGGUUGAUAAUAAUGACUCUAUUCGGAGAAUACUUGUGCGCAAGGAAAGAAUUAGAUGAAAUACCAUUAUUGCAGCUGUAA